AUGCUAGUGACAACGAGGAGCCACAGACAAGUAUCUCUAGAUGGUGGCGUACUUCCGCCAGAGGAAAUUAAGCAGCUAGCUUCUCUACGGCGGCAACAGCAGGCCGAUCUCGCGAAGGACUCCAACAUCGUGCAGGGCGCACUCGAAGAGGCCCAGUUAAUCACAUGGCCGACAAGGGAGAAGGCAUUGCUCGACACGGUCCUAGUGUUAUUUAUCGUUGCUGGGUCCGGAGCCAUGAUCUUUGGCAUGAACGUGCUGCUGGCGGAGCUGUCUGAGUGGUGGUACCACCUCGCUUGAAAGCGAGUACACGGGCGCGCUCGGUCGCUCUGUCGUUGCUUGCCGUCCUAAAAGAAGGGAUGGAGGGGAUUCGCCCCCACUUCACGGUCGCCGCCAUGUAAGGGUACACCGUACAUCCCCUCUUGGUUGCCUCAAAUACGUUCGGAACGGGGCUGGGAGCGGCGGCGGUCCGCUGUCCACUCUCCUUAAGGAAAAGAGCUCAGGUUUUCAUGUUUUCCUCAACUGAGCGCCGCGUCAGUCGACAGUGUUUUCUUUUAGUGUGUUACGAUGAACUGCGAGUCAACUGUGGCGUUGGCGGAUGGGCGAUUAAGUAGCAACUGAGCAGCUGGCCGGUGUGUUUAUUUUCGCUGGGAACAGGGGCCAGCAAGUGGGUGUCGUUUGUUGAAAGGAGAGCCGUGAAGGAUUGCGAAGCGCUAUGGGUCCAACUUGCGUGAUCCAACUUGCUGCUUUUCAGUGCCUUGGCGGCGGGAGGUCGGCCAUUUCACUGUGGGGAGACCAGGAUGUUUUGCGCAACUCAGGGAGAUGGACCGGGAAAAAGGCUUUUGCUAAGAUUUAUCAGCAGUCCCUGCACAACAUUUCCUUUGGAACCCGUGAAAUCUUGUACUGGUCUUAUCGGGAUGCAGUUGGGAAGUCCGGUGCACGUUGGUCGCUGCGAGUAUUGUAAUAUGGAAGGG